CCACAAAGUGUCAUUUAUACCCUUUUUUUAAUACAAAAGCUUCAAUUUUCUCCCGAACUCCAAUCACCAUUCGCCCGACAGUUUCUUUGUAGUUUCUCGAGGAAGAAAAAGUGCAUCAACGACGGUUUCUUUAUAGUUUCUUGAGGAAGAAUGAUGCUGCUGGUCCAAUUUAAAUUGAACCUAGCCUGUUUCUUCUUAAAUCUGCCACUGAAGUAGCUUCAUAUUUCCAUUCAUCGGCUUGGAAACCAUUUCAAGAACACAAGGUAAAUUGGUUUCUCUUCUCUUUUGGCUCAUCAGCUUCUUGCCGUAAAACUCCAGCAUUGUUUUGACUGUGAGAGGAACCUCCUAUUUCUUCUGGCUCAUCAGCUUCUUGUUGCAAAAACUCCAUCAUUAGUUUUGACUUUGAGAGCUUGGAAACAAUUACAAGAACACAAGGCAGAUCGGUUUCUCUUCUCUUCUGGCUCAUCAGCUUCUUUCUGUUAAAACUCCAGUGUCAAUUUUGACUUUGAGAGGCAAUACCAUGGGUGACAUGCUAGCAAACAUUGCGGUGAAUGCAGCAAGUGAUUAUUACAACCUUGAGACAAAAAUGCAAAAUCUUAAGAGGAAGCUUGAACUACUCAAUUGUCAAGAAGCUGAUGUGGUUGCAAGGCUAGGAGAGGAAGAAUGUCUUCCAGGGAAAAGGCGAAAACAUGUGGUCCAAUAUUGGUUGAGUGAAGUAGUAUCAAAGCAAAAAGAAUUUGAAAGCUUGGAAGCAGAUGUGAACCAAAAUAGACGGGCUUGGCGUGUGUCCUUGGCAAAACGUGCUGAUAAAAUGUUUGAGGAAGUGACAAUACUUACUGAUCAAGGUGCAUUUUCUGAGGGAGUUGUACUAGCUGUUAGCGAGACAAUAAAGGAGAAAUUUGUAACUGCAGAAUGGAAAGGCCAAGGUUUUAAAGAAAAAUUCCAUGGAGUUUGGACGUAUUUAUUGGGGAAUGGGGUGUCAAGUAUUGGCAUCUAUGGUAUGGGAGGAGUUGGUAAAACAACUCUGGCACAAUGUAUCUAUAAUGAGCUCAAGAAUGAAAAUUUGUUCUACGGUAAUAUAUUCUGGUUCACCGUCUCACAAGAUUUAAACAUUUACAAGUUACAGAAUGACAUUGGAAAAGCAUUGAAUCUAGAUCUUUUCGAUGAAGAUGAUGAGCACAAGAGGGCAGCCAAAUUGGGUUGGGCCUUGGAGAGAAGAAAGAAAUUCGUACUCAUUUUGGAUGAUGUCUGGAAUUCUUUUCCGUACCAGAAGAUUGGAAUUUCUCCCUCUCAUGCUGAAUAUGAAUUUAAGAUGAUAGUAAUUAGUCGAUCACUAGAGGUGUGUCUUAAAAUGGAAUGCCAAGAAUGUCUAAAAGUUGAUAUUCUUUCGGAUGAAGAAGCUUGGGAGCUAUUUAUGAACAAACAUAGCAAUGGCAAAGAACUUCCACCCAAAGUCAAAGAGAUAGCAAGAGAAGUGGUAAAGGAGUGUGCUGGUUUGCCUCUUGCAAUUGUCACCAUGGCUGGAAGCUUGAGGGGUGUGGUUGACAUUCGUGAGUGGAGGGAUGCCCUGGAAGAACUGAAAGAAUCUUGUGUGGGACAAGAUGACAUGGAAAAUAAGGUGUUUCCGAUACUCUUGUGGAGUUUUAAUCGAUUGAGGGAUCCAAUACUAAAGAGUUGUUUCUUGUAUUGUUCUCUGUAUCCCGAAGACUUCCAUAUAAAUAGAUACGAAUUGAUCCAAAAUUUUAUUUCAGAGGAGAUGAUGGAAAGAAGAACAAGCAGGCAAGCAUACUUUGACCAAGGUCACAAAAUAUUGAAUAAAUUGGUGAACGUUUGCUUAUUGGAAACAUGGGGAGGCGAACAUGUGAAGAUGCAUGAUCUAAUAAGAGACAUGGCUUUAAAGAUCACUAAAGAUAAAUGGAUGGUAAAAGCUGGACUUCAGUUAAAGGAAAUACCAAAGGAGCAGGAAUGGAAGGAAGAUUUGGAUAAGGUUUCCUUAAUGCGAAACAAUAUAAAUAAUAUUUGGAGCGUCGCAUCACCCAAGUGUCCUAAACUUUCAACCUUGCUUUUAAACUUCUGUCCUCUGAAGUCGAUUCCAGAUUCAUUCUUUUUGCAUAUGCGUGGCCUGCAUGUUCUCAAUUUGAGUAACACUCUGAUUGAGUACUUGCCCAAUUCCAUCUCGGGAUUGGAGGAACUUAAUGCAUUAUUGCUCGGAGGUUGUCAGAGACUCAAGUUUGUGCCACCAUUGGAAAACCUCAAGGCACUGAAAGAGCUGGACCUCAGUUAUACUGGCAUUAAGGAAAUACCCCGAGGCGUGGAAAGUUUAACCAAUCUCAAAUGCUUGGACACAAUUCGCUCUUGUAUAAGAAAAAUUCCAACAGGGAUUUUACAAGGACUGUCACUUCAGCGUCUCUCACUCCCAACACGGAUGAGAAUACCAAUAGAUGAAGUUGCGGGAUUGAAACAACUGGAAGAAUUUUAUGGCAAAUUUCACAGCAUGCAUGAUUUCAACAUAUUUAUAAAGUCUCGACCAAGUGAUGGGAAGCUCAAUUUUUUUCAUAUUCUAGUAGGUAAGGAUAUUAUUUAUGAGAAAAAACUCUUCUUUCAAAGGUUUGAGGUUAAAAGGGUAACUUUUGGAAAAGACAGUCUAAAGAAAGGCAAAAGAGGCAAAGACGAGAUUAUGCUGCCACGAAAUGUCGAUUUCUUGAUGUUUGACAGGUGUGGUCUGUGUAGCUGCUUAUUUGAUGAUAUCCAAGGAUUAAAUAGUGCUACAGAAUUGAAGACCUGCUCUGUUUACGAGGAAGGAAUAGUGUGCAUUCUGAGAAUGUCGCUUGAGAUGGAACAACCGAUGGUGGAAGAAGAACAACAGUCUAGCUUGAUGCCACUCUAUUACCUUGAAGAUUUGAACCUUCAGAAGUUGCCGAAUUUUAUUGGUCUCAUCAGGUGGGAAGUAGCACCAGCAGUUGCACCACUUCCACGUGGCCUUUUUUCUCACCUUCGAAAAUUGUUGGUUGUGCAAUGUGGGAAAAUCAAGAAGCUUCUCCCUCGGAGUUUGGUACAGAACCUUCAUAACCUCAACGAGCUGAUUGUUGGUUCAUGUGCAAAACUGGAGGAGAUAAUAGGAGAUGAAGAAAGUGAUGGAGGCUUCAGUGCAGAAAGUAAUACCGUCAUCACCCUGCCAAGGUUAAAGAUUUUGGACCUUAGAGAUCUGCCAGAAUUGGAAAUCAUCUACAAGGGGACAAUAAUCUGUGAUUCCAUUAAGAAAAUUCAUAUGGAGCGUAUUACAAAAGUAAGGAAGGUGCCUUUUUCUCUGCCGCCUCUCGCAGUGACAGCAAUGAAGGAAGACGAGGGAGGAUGGUGGGAUUCAUUGGAGUGGGAGCAGCCCAAUGCCAACCGUGUUCUUUAAGCCUUCGUUCAUUCUACUGUUAGGCCUAUUAAUGUGUUGUCUGGGCUUAAAUAUGUAAUUAUUCUCUGUUCUUUGGGCUAUUUAUGGUUGUGGGCUUAUUAGGUCGAAAUUAAAAUCGAGGCUUUGUUUUC